CAGUACUCCAACUUCUGGAACAAUCCUGCUGCAGCACCCAUCAUGUGGGCCGGUCUUCUCUUCAGCAUGAUGACCAUGUCUGCCCUGCUCCAGCAGCAGGAAGGCGGUGCGAAUAGCUCCACGCCAGAUUUGACUCCCGACAUGCUGGAGACAUAUCGGACAUUGACCAUUCACUGCCUGGUCGCCGGCGACUACCUGAACCCCACUCGAUACACAAUCGAAACACUCAUGAUCCACUUUGCCGUCGACCAAAACAUCAACGGCGACGUCUGGAUUGGGAAUUACCUCCUCUUAGGACUGAUCAUCCGCAUAGCAUUCCGCAUCGGACUACAUCGAGAUCCCCGACAUUGGCCAACCCUUCGACCGCUGCAGGCAGAAAUGAGAAGGCGAAUCUGGACGAGUCUCUACCAUAUGGACUUCUUCACGAGCACUCAGGUCGGCUUGCCACGCUUGAUCAAGGAUUCAUUAUGCGACACAAAGCCACCCGCCCAUCUGUUCGAAAACGACCUCACCUUUCAACAUGACCAGGUGCCGCCCGAACGACCGUGGACGUCUCACACACCGCUGCUUGGUCUCAUCCAGCGAGACGCCAUCGUCAAAGUAGCGUCAGAGAUAUACGACGCGACGGAGGCCGCACAUACAUCACCCUCAGCCAUGCUAACCCUCGACGCCAAACUCCAAAGAACCAUCGCCGCGAUGCCCACCUGGCUGCGCCACCGACCCCUCGAACUCUGCAUCGGCGAAAACCCCAGCGCAAUCCUCAACCGCAUCUUCCUCGACAUCCUCAUCCAAAAAGCCACCUACCUCCUCCACCGCCGAAGUUUCCUCCAAAACCCCUCCGCCCCCAACUCCACCACCCUCUGCAUAAACGCCGCCCUGGCAAUCCUCCACCACCAACGCACCCUCAGCGAAGAAAUCGAACCGGGAGGCCUCUGGCACCACCUCCGCUGGAAACUCUCCACCCCCUUAACCCACGAAUUCCUGCAAGCAACCACGAUGCUCUGUUUCGCGCUGCGAAAGCUCGACACCGACAGCGACAGCGACAAAACUCCCGCCCUGCAAAUCUCCCAAACCCUCUCGAGCGCGAAAAGCGUAUUUGAGAAAUCCGCGCAUCGAUCGCACGAAGCGAGGCGGGCGACGAAAGCGAUCGCGACGGUUCUGAAGCAGGAUCUUCUGGUUGAUCAGAUGACUCCUCCUUCUUCCGAUGCGUUUUUUGAGGGGAUUUCGGCGUUGGAGUAUCUGGGGAAUUUCGAUUAUGGACAGCAGAAGAAUAUGUGGUUGCUUGAUGAUGACGAUACUUCUGGGGUUUUGGGAUUUGGAUAUGGAUAUGAGUGGUGAGGAGCUUUUUGAGGGGGUGGGGAUUGAACAUGUUGGUUGAUUGGAAUGGGGAAAAAAAUAUGUAUAUUACCUGCUUUUUGAAAAAAAAAAUUUAGAAAGAAUCUUUAGAAAGAAAGAGGUCAAGAAUCGCAGUCGGAAGAUAGAAAUUCAAAGGUAUCCGAAUGUUAACCCACCGAUAAUGGCAAGUUUCGAGAAGAGAGAAUACAUACCUCUACAAUUGAAAAACAACAGAAGCUUUCAGCACGAACUAGAAAGAAAGAAA